AAAAAAAAGGUGAUGCAUUGCAUUAGGUUUGUAGCAGCAGUUUCAGAGAUCCAAAAAAACUUUGCAAAAGGAGGGUUAGAUAGUGUGUGAAAUAGAUUUCUUAAAUCAGUACGUUUUGGUCAUUUCCCCCGCAAAAUCAAAGUGGAAAAGACUAAAUAGAAAGACUAACGUUACUAUACAAAAAUAUGGAAAAGGCAUCUAAUUCAACCUCAGCUGUGACACUUCUCUAUGAAAAGCAGGAUGUACGAUAAAGUGUACCAAUCCGUCGCUAUGUCCAAAGGUGGCGAAUGUGGUGCUCGAAUUCAAGGUUUCUGCCGGAGACUCGGAGCCCCAAAAUCGCCUGGUCUAAUUCUCGGUCAACUGAAUAACCUGCAGCAAGCAACCUGCAGCAAGCAACCUGGACCCAAGUCAUGGGGAAAUUGCAGCCAGGUGUCAGCGUAAAGCUGGCUAUCUAUCCAACACUGCAACUCUUCCUAGUCAAGGAGAUUAAGGCAGUGGGGACAGAACUGGGCGUUACUCCUGUCAUAAUUCGUGGAGAGGAACUGAAACAGAAAGGAUUUGGAGAGAUCUAUGGAGUGGGCAAGGCAGUGGUGAACCCUCCUGCCCUGGCAGUCCUGAGUCACAAACCAGAUGGUGCCACCCAGACUAUUGCAUGGGUGGGCAAGGGCAUCGUGUAUGACACUGGAGGUCUCCGCAUCAAGGGAAAGGUAUAAAGACCAACAUGCCUGGGAUGAAAGAGACUGUUGUGAGGCAGCAGCCAUUUUAGGAGCUUUCAAAGCUACUGUCAAUCAGGGCUUCAAGGACAAUCUCCAUGCCGUAUUCUGCCUGGCGGAGAAUGCAGUCG